UCUGCAGCUUUGUGAGGGUAGCUGCAGUGUUUCUGCUACCCAUCAGUCUGAAGGAUGCCAUGCUGCUGAGCCUUGGAGAGCACCUCGCAGACAUGAGACUGACUGACGUCGUUCCCAUGUUAAAUUGAACACUGCACCUUGCUUGACCAUCCCUGCACGGUUUUGAGUCUUUUUAAGACUAAGAGGGAAUGCUUUUCAAUGGAAAACGUACAGGGGGGUCAAAGAGCUGAAGAGCCUAUAGAGAGCUCCAUUUGCAAAUUCUUCAUUGAAGAAAUAGAUGCAUUCUCAUGUGAAGGAUGGAUUGUUCGGCAAGAAAACAGCAAUCUCUCCAGCUUGCAGAAAGCUCCUCAGGAUCCUCAUUCUGAAGUGAACUUUUGAACUGCUUCCCUGUGCUCAAGGGCUGCAUUUGAUCUUACGUGGAGUAGGAGGGCGUGGAGCGUGCUGUAGCAAGUGGUCCAGCGCUGAUGGAGUGAAUCAGGACUCUCACAGGGUCAAGCUCUUGUGCAGGGACUCACUUUUAAAGAUCCUGGAUUGUUUGCAACAGGUUUGCUACUCUACCUGAUACGGAGGAAGGCGAGUUGUAAGUUUAAUUCCUCAAAGGUUGGAAGAAUAACAAGGCUUUCUCCAGCAUGCUGCAGAGUCCAAACCUUUCAGCUCAGAAGUCUCAGGAGGAUUACCUAGCACAAUGUUUCUCCCAGGCUUAGGAAGCAUGCGGCUCUGAACAUGGGGGAAAACAGGCAUUGAUGAUACCGGCAAGGGUCAAGUGCGCAUGUGAAUGCAGUGCUGGACAACACGUCUCAACCUUGGACAUCUGAGGGAGCAGUUUUGGUAUUGAGAGGGAUUGAGAAAGCUACCUGGAGCCUGUAUGUUGAAAACACCUCACAAAGCUCAUCUUUGCAAUGCAGAGAGGAAGGAUGGUUUUGAGCCAGAGAGGAUGUAGGAUGAUGCUACUUGAUAAGAUGCUUAAGAGGAAGUGAUACAUUGCUGUCUUACUACUAGUUGAAGGCUCCUGCUCCUUGUCAGGGUGCUUGGUCUUGGUGAAGUUGUGAGACUUGGUUGAAGCAAACAACCUGCAAUGCUUUCUUGCUAUGAUUCUCCUUGACGAGGAAGUUUUAAAAGAAGGCCCUGCUUUGAGGUUCCAGUUGUGGGUACUUUGCAUUUGAAAACCUAUCCUUUCAUGUGAGAGCAUCCUAUGAGGAACUUCAGUCCUGAUUUAGAGAGUUGUUUACUUGCUGAACAUGCUGACUGGUGCCUGGCAGAAUUAUACAAAAGCACUAAGGGAACUUUGUGUGGGUUACUGGCAUGCACGCUGGAUGGCGGUGAUGUGAGUGGCAACCGUGCUGUGACAUGAAGAUUCUGAUGGUUUAAAGAAAAGAGACCAGUUUUAAAGAGAGAGAGAGAGGGGAGGCAAAGGGAAAGCAAAAAAGGAAAGAGGGAGAAGAAAACAGCUGGAGAAAGGAAAAGGAGGACAUUUGUUGAUGACAAAAGGAUGGGUUUCCAUUUAAUUAAGCAGCUGAGAGGCAUGAGUGUGUUGUUAGUGCUACUUCCUAUGGUGCUGUUUGUUAUGCUUGCGGGGGCUCAGCGAGCUUGCCCCAAGAACUGCAGAUGUGAUGGCAAGAUUGUGUACUGCGAAUCUCAUGCGUUCAGAGACAUCCCUCAGAAUAUUUCUGGAGGGUCUCAAGGCUUAUCGUUACGGUACAACAGCAUUCAGAAGCUUAAAUCAAAUCAGUUUGCGGGCCUGAAUCAGCUCAUAUGGCUUUAUCUUGACCAUAAUUACAUCAGCUCCGUGGAUGAGGAUGCAUUUCAGGGGAUCCGCAGGCUGAAGGAAUUAAUUCUAAGCUCCAACAAAAUUACCCAUCUGCACAACAAAACGUUUCACUCAGUCCCCAACCUCCGCAAUCUGGACCUCUCUUACAACAAGUUGCAGGUGUUGCAGCCUGAGCAGUUCAAGGGCCUUCGUAAGCUCUUGAUCUUGCAUUUGCGGUCUAACUCGCUGAAAACAGUGCCGAUCCGAGUUUUCCAAGACUGCCGAAACCUUGACUUUCUGGAUUUGGGCUACAACCGCCUGCGGAGCUUAUCCCGUAAUGCUUUUGCUGGCCUUUUGAAGUUGACAGAGCUCCACUUGGAGCACAACCAGUUUUCGAAGAUCAAUUUUGCCCACUUUCCACGCCUCUUCAACCUUCGCUCGAUUUAUUUGCAGUGGAAUAGGAUCCGGUCUAUUAGCCAAGGGUUAACGUGGACUUGGAGUUCCUUGCACAACUUGGAUUUAUCAGGAAAUGACAUUACAGGGGUAGAGCCUGGGACCUUCCAGUGCCUCCCCAACCUGCAAAAGCUGAACCUGGAUUCCAAUAAACUCACCAACAUCUCUCAGGAGACCAUCAAUACAUGGAUCUCGCUCAUCUCCAUCACUCUGUCCGGAAAUAUGUGGGAAUGUACUCGAAGCAUUUGUCCUCUGUUUACUUGGCUUAAGAAUUUCAAGGGAAAUAAGGAAAGCACUAUGAUAUGUGCAGGCCCUAAACACAUCCAGGGUGAAAAAGUGAGCGAUGCUGUGGAGACAUAUAAUAUCUGUGCCGAAAUCCAGGUGGUGGUUACUGAACGGUCAUACCAGGCACCCAAAACCCCCCAGAGACCUGUCUUCAUUCCUAAACCUACCGUUUCCAAACUCGAAAGCAAUCAGCCAACGUCUGUUAUGCCAAGCCCUUCUGCAGACCUCCCAACACCCGGAGUGGAACCAGAGUACGAGCACGUUUCCUUUCACAAAAUAAUCGCUGGGAGCGUGGCCCUCUUUCUUUCCGUGGCCAUGAUUUUGUUGGUUAUCUACGUGUCGUGGAAGCGCUAUCCAGCCAGCAUGAAACAGCUCCAGCAGCACUCCCUCAUGAAGAGGCGCAGGAAAAAGGCCCGAGAGUCUGAAAGGCAAAUGAACUCCCCUUUACAGGAGUAUUACGUGGACUACAAGCCAACAAACUCUGAGACCAUGGAUGUAUCGGUUAAUGGAUCUGGGCCCUGCACGUAUACCAUCUCUGGCUCCAGGGAAUGUGAGGCUCUGCCAGGCAGUGGUGAGAUUUUACCCAACGGUUUUGAACUCUCUGCUCCAGCUUUUCUUCAUCCAUCAAAGGUUCCUCACCACAUGAAGACUUUACCCUAUUACAGUUACGACCAACCAGUGAUCGGAUACUGCCAAGCUCAUAAGCCUCUCCAUGUAAAUAAGGGGUACGAUACCAUGUCCCGGGAGCAGGCUGAGACAACCAACCUGGAACUCAGUCGAGACCACAGCUUCAUAGCUACAAUCGCGCGUUCGGCUGCUCCAGCCAUUUACAUUGAGAGAAUACCAAACUAACGAUGGAGACAACUUCUUCAGGGGGCGGAGUGGGGAGUUCUUUUGAGGGACCUUUCAUCUCAGAAGAGACCAGGGCAAGAAACUAAAAUCUACCAUUCCAGUUACAAAUGUUCCAACACAGACAAAGGGAAGGGGAUAAAGCGAACUCCGCAGACUGUGGAAAUGCUAUCUUGCAGUACACACUGAGAACUUCAGGAUUUUCUUUGCUUUAAACUUUCAAACAAAUUCCUCAAUGUAAAUAUUACAGAGAGAUUGUCAAGUUCUUAUUAAAAAAAAAAUAGAUUUCACUCUAGCUACAUAAAGGGAUGGAUUAAGAGUUUUGUUUGUAUAUUUGAUUUUUCUACAUUGCACGGUUCCAGGGAAGGAGAACCACAGUGGUCAAGCGCUAAUAUUUCAAACUUCAGACAUGGGCAUUAAAGCUUAUGUUCAACCAAAAGGACAUUGGCAAAUGAUGCAGCAGAAACAAAGAAACUUGGGUGCAUGUACAUUUAAGACACAGGCUGUACACUAUGGAGGGUGCUUUUGAUUUUUACUAUCUUCAUUGUGCUUCAUUGUUGACACUAUAAUUACUUUUUCGGGCUCUAAAAAAGGGGAAAACAUGCAACGGAGUAACGACUCUCAUAUUUACAGUCCAGCGGUGCUUGUUAAGCAAAAUUAAUGGACGUUUGGGAACCAAAAUGGAAAUGAUGUGCUUGAAAUGGAUCAGAAGGAAAAUCUUUUAAAGCAAGAGUAUUUGGUGAAACUCACUGGCUGACACAAUUUCUAAAACACAGGAGAAUGUGUAACAUUGUUUUUUGUUUUUUUAAUUAAUUAUUAUGAUCAGUUAGUUUUUGUGUAGUUUUUAUCAAUAAAAUGACAACAAAAAAAGUGGUGGAAAAAAUAAACAUAUUAUUUUGUGGUUGGGACACCAC